AAUAUAAAAACAAAAGAAGAAGAAAAUGAUGAAGAAAAAGUCGUAAAUUGGCGGCAUGUUCAUAACUUUGUUUGCCAAGCAUUCCUAAACGUUAGAAGAAGACAAAGAACAGCGAAGCUGAUGAAGUUUUCAUUAGAAAUUAAGUUUUAUUCAGACAGACGUUCCCAUAAAUAGUCUUCUUUGUCUUGAGCAUAGCUACAGUUAACCAACGGCUUUACCAUAAUAGAGUAAACUGCUGUCAGUUUGAGACAGACAUGACUUCACUGAACCUGAAAGGAGUGAACGUUAAUUUCCCCUUCAAUCCGUACGAAUGUCAGAAAGACUACAUGAGCAAAGUGAUUGAAUGUCUGCAGAAGAAAGAAAAUGGGGUUCUGGAGAGUCCUACAGGAACGGGUAAAACUCUAUGUCUGCUAUGUGCAUCUCUGGCAUGGAGGGAGCACUUCAGGGACUCCAUCUCUGCUAGCAAGAUAGCAGACAAGCUGAAAGGGCAGGAGAUGUUCCCAAACACACCGCUGGCUUCCUGGGGGACCGCCGCUACUGACGGGGACAAGCCAGCCUACUACACGGAUAUUCCCAAGAUUAUAUACGCAUCCAGGACACAUUCUCAGCUAGCACAGGUUAUAAAUGAGUUAAAGAACACUUCAUACAGGCCAAAGGUGUGUGUGCUGGGGUCAAGAGAGCAGCUGUGUAUCAACCAAGAAGUAAUGCGUCAGGAGAGCAACCAUAUCAAGGUGCAUAUGUGCAGACAGAAAGUGUCCACCCGCUCGUGUCUGUACUACAACAAUGUUGAAGAAAAGAGCACCGACAGAGACUUGGUUAAUUCUAUCGUUGAUGUGGAAGAUUUGGUCAAGUUUGGCAACAGACAAAAGGUCUGUCCAUACUACCUCACCCGCUCUCUAAAGCAGCAAGCUGAUGUCAUUUUCAUGCCGUACAACUACCUGCUGGAUCCAAAAAGUCGCAGAGCGCACAAUAUUGAGCUGAAUGGAGCUGUGGUCAUUUUUGAUGAAGCUCACAAUGUGGAGAAGACAUGUGAAGAGUCAACAUCCUUUGACCUGACUCCAUAUGACGUUGCUUCUGCCAUUACUGCUGUGGACCGGCUUCUGGUGGAACAGGCUAAGGAAGUCAGUCAAGGAGACUCUUUAACUGAGGACCUCAAUGUAGAGUCCCUCAGCUCAGGUUCAAAAAUAAAUAUAAACACAAUUGCUAAAAUCAAACAAAUACUGCUGGAUUUGGAAGCUGCCAUUGAUUCAUAUGAAGUUCCAAGUGACAAAGGCAUCACAAAACCAGGAAUCUUCAUCUAUGAGCUGCUGGAGAGAGCCCAUCUGACUUACAACACCAAAGCAGACAUCCAUGACGCUUUGGAACAGAUCAUCGGAUGCUUGACUGGACUGCCAGGAAUAUUCCUCAGUACGGCUGGACUGCAGAAGCUGGUGGAUAUUAUACAGCUGGUAUUCUGUGGGGAACCAUCAGAUCAGGAUAAACAAAAGCAGAAGGAGUUCAACACAGCCCAUUUUAAGGUUCACAUCCAUCGCGAAAACAGCUACCAGAAAAAAAAACAGACCUCUGAUUUGUGGUCUGCAUCUUCAUCAAAGAAACAAGGCAACAUUCUGAGUUACUGGUGCUUCUCACCUGGCUUCAGCAUGCAGGAUCUGGUGAAUCAAAGGGUUCGCUGCAUUAUUCUGACCAGCGGUACCCUCUCUCCCCUGACCUCCUUCACCUCUGAGAUGAGGAUAAAAUUUCCAGUGCUUCUUGAAAAUGGUCAUGUGAUUGAUCGGGACCAGAUCUUUGUGAGCGUUAUUGAUCGUGGCCCAGAUGGAGUUCUGCUGAGUUCAGCGUUUGAUCGGAGGUUUGAUCCUGAUAACAUGGCUUCUUUAGGAAACACUGUGGCUAACCUUAGUCGUGUGGUUCCUCAUGGCCUGUUAGUGUUUUUUCCUUCCUUCCCUUUGAUGGAAAAAACUCUGGAGUUUUGGAGAGCUAACGGACACGCGGAUCGCAUCGAGAACAGGAAGCCCAUGUUUGUUGAACCUAAAGGGAAGGGAACCUUUAAUGAGGUUAUCGAUGGGUACUACAACAAAGUUAAUGAUCCGGCAUCUCAAGGAGGGAGCUUCUUUGCUGUUUGUCGUGGGAAGGCUAGUGAAGGUUUGGAUUUUGCAGACACCUUUGGUCGGGGGGUCAUCAUCACCGGGCUGCCUUUUCCUCCCAAGUUUGACCCAAGAGUAAUCCUUAAGAUGCAGUUUUUGGACGAAAUGAGUCGUAAGAAAACUCCAGGAGUGAGGUACUUGUCAGGUCAGGAGUGGUACAAACAGCAGGCCUUCAGAGCAGUGAACCAGGCCAUCGGUAGAGUGAUUCGCCACAAGGACGACUAUGGAGCCAUCUUUCUGUGUGAUCAAAGGUUUAAAAACUUUGAUGCCAGGGCACAGCUUCCUUCAUGGGUCAAGCCGUAUGUGCGCCGUUAUGAGGGAUUUGGAAAUGUCGUGCGGGAUGUGUCUCAGUUCUUUCGGGUUGCACAGAAAAUAAGGCCUGUCGUUUUGAAGACGCCUGCAGCAGAAAACCUCCCAGCAAAAUGCUCAUCAAACACUUCCAGCUUCUCCUCCUGCUCUUCCUCUGAAAGCUACCACACCCAGAAGGCAAAGGCCCUGGAUGCACACCUUCCCAGCCUCAAGAGAAGAAAACUUGAUGACCACUGCAGAGCUACGGGAAUGGCAAAGAUCUGCAUCGACUAUGAGUGUGAAGUGCAGAAGAGUCAGAGGAAACCAGCCAACUUGCUGGAUGCUCUGGAGCGAGGUGACCAACACUGGGAAGACAACAGUGAUGCUGUUGGAGAGGAGAAGGCAAAUCACUUGUCAACCCUAACCCUUCAGUACAAUAAGAGGAUAGAAGACGAACUGCGGGGUGGGAAGCGUAAAAUAAAGCUGAUUCAGGAGCAGAAAGUGAGCGUCUCUCAGGAUGUGUCAGAGGAGUGUAAGGCCAGCAAGGUGAAACAGUUCCUGGCAGACAUGAAGAAGUCUCUGAGCAAGGUGAGCUUUGACCACAUUGUUGAGGCUCUGCAGAGCUACAAGAAGACAGAUGACCUGAGUGUCCUGCUGACUGAGACGGCUGUUUUAGCAGAAGACCCCAACACACACAGCCUGCUCCGAGGGUUCUACCAGUUUGUUCGUCCGCAUCACAAAACAACAUUUGAUGACAAAUGUCAGAAGCUGACCGGGCAGGGCUGUGGAUACAAACCGGAGCACUCGCUUUCUAAGGAUGAGAAGAAAGCUGUGAUUCUACAGAGUGCUGUAGAGCGACAGAUGGUUGGCGCUCAGAGCUCCGUGUCUACAGGCAGUCAGCUCGACACCCAGCAGCUCAACAGGGGAGGACGUCACCUGAGCCAGCAGGGAUUAAAAGCAGCUCCAGCUGGUUCUGAUAAGAAGAAUGAGGUCCACACUGCCUUCCUGGCCGAUGUGAAGAAAGCCCUCGGAGCUGAAAAAUCAGCUCAGCUCUUUCAGGCCAUCCGCAGCUACAAGAAAACGGACCACUAUGACAACUUGGUGACCACGGUGGUGAGCUUAUUCACAGAGAGAGAUGAGAACAUCAACCUCCUCAUCAGGUUUGGUGGGUUUGUUCGUCCUCACCAUAAGAAGCAGUACAGAGAGAUGUUGGAUGCUCUGAUAGGUCAACCCAUAUCGACUGCUAAUUCUCCUACUCUGAGUGAAGAGCAACAGGGAGCAGCUCCUUUCUCGCCUCCUUUGAAGACUCAAAGCAACAUUUCCAGUUUUGUCUCCAGCGGCCAAAGAAGUUAGUCUCUAAAUGGACUUUUGUUUCAGAUGAACCUGAAUUAUUUUAUUAUGCUCUUCAACAGCAGCCUGGACAAGUUUUCCCCUGAGGAAAAUGAAAGUUUUCAUGUUUUCUGCUCAAUGAAAAAGACAAAACAAUCUGUGAACUUCAGUGGACAAUGCUGAGCCAGUGUUUCCUAAAUGAGGAUUCACAUAAUUCUCCUGGAAAUCUAAAGCUGACUUGUUGACCACAGAGCUGUACUUUUCUUCUCUUUAUGUUGUGUUUUUCCUCACAAAGCAGCAGGAUCUGUGUGCAACGGACAGGCAGUUUGCUUUGGAUGAAAUCAAGUUACUCCACCAAUCAGCCGACACUUGGUUUGGAUCAGGGAACCCCAUAGAAACAUUACAUAACAUCAGUUCAGACCCAGUAUAAUUUAUCUCACCUAGUUUUUAAGUCUGCUUUAUUAAUUAAAUUAUGAUUUAAAACACAAGCUUUAAUUAGUGAACAAAUAAAACUACUGAGCCUACUCAUGUUUUUACUGAUUUAUGUGGAAUUAAAGUAAACUGAUGAGCGCCGAACAAAGAGAAGUUUCAGAUUUUAAGCCUGUAUAUAUAUAUAAUUCAUUUCUGAUUUGUAUUAAAUUAAAGUCAUAAAAUGUUUAAAUAAAAUAUGGAGUAAGAAAUGUUUGACAUGAUAAAACUA